AGUGCGGAGCCCUCGGCGCCGGGAAGAGGACCUGCUCAGGACACCCCGCGGGAGCAGCAGCACAAGGCAGCCGGAGCCUGAGCCUGAGCCUGAGCCAGAGCCCAAGCCACGUCUGUGCUCCUCUCACUCCUCUCUCAUCCCCCGGCUCAGAAACCGCGUUCCCCGAGGAGAGCGACCGCCCACGCCUGGAGCAUCUUCCUCGGUCGAACCGGUGCUGACAGAUCGGGCGAUAUGAUGCGGCUGCGAGGCUCAGCGAUGCUUCGGGACCUGCUCCUGCGGUCGCCCGCCGUCGCUGGCGCGGCUCUGAGACGGGCACAACCUCUCGCCACCCUGUGCCGGCGCCCCCGGGGCGGGGGCCGGCCGGCGGUGGGCCCGGCGCCCGCCGCGCGGCUCUACCCCUGGUGGGGCGGGGGCGGCCGGCCGGCAGGACCCUCUGCGCGGGGCCUGUCCAGCUCUCCCUCGGAGAUCCUGCAGGAGCUGGGCAAGGGGGGCACGCAGCCGCAGCCCGGGGCGUCGCCGCCCGCACCCUCGCCUGCCCCCGGCUCCAAGGACAGCCCCGCGGAGACGGACGCGCUCGGCGGCGGCGGCGAGGGCAAGGAGCCAGCGGCCGCAGGCGAAAAUAAAAUAAAACAGGGUCUGCUACCUAGCUUGGAAGACUUGCUGUUCUAUACAAUUGCAGAAGGUCAAGAGAAAAUACCUGUUCAUAAAUUUAUUACAGCACUCAAAUCUACAGGAUUGCGAACGUCUGAUCCCAGGUUGAAAGAGUGUAUGGAUAUGUUAAGAUUAACUCUUCAAACAACAUCAGAUGGUGUCAUGCUAGACAAAGAUCUUUUUAAAAAGUGUGUUCAAAGCAACAUUGUUUUAUUGACUCAAGCCUUUAGAAGAAAGUUUGUCAUUCCUGACUUUAUGUCCUUUACCUCACACAUUGAUGAGUUAUUUGAAAGUGCUAAAAAGCAGUCUGGAGGAAAGGUUGCAGAUUAUAUUCCUCAGUUGGCCAAGUUCAGUCCUGAUUUGUGGGGUGUAUCAGUUUGUACAGUAGAUGGACAGAGGCAUUCUAUUGGAGAUACUAAAGUUCCCUUUUGUCUUCAGUCCUGUGUAAAACCUUUAAAAUAUGCCAUUGCUGUUAAUGAUCUUGGAACAGAAUAUGUACAUCGAUAUGUUGGAAAAGAGCCAAGUGGAUUAAGAUUCAACAAACUAUUUUUAAAUGAAGAUGAUAAGCCACACAAUCCCAUGGUAAAUGCUGGAGCAAUUGUUGUGACUUCAUUAAUCAAGCAAGGAGUAAAUAAUGCAGAGAAAUUUGACUAUGUGAUGCAGUUUUUGAAUAAGAUGGCUGGUAAUGAAUAUGUUGGAUUCAGUAAUGCAACGUUUCAGUCUGAAAGAGAAAGUGGAGAUCGGAAUUUUGCAAUAGGAUACUACUUAAAAGAAAAAAAGUGUUUUCCAGAAGGCACAGAUAUGGUUGGCAUACUAGACUUCUAUUUCCAGCUCUGCUCCAUUGAGGUGACUUGUGAAUCAGCUAGUGUGAUGGCUGCAACAUUAGCUAAUGGUGGUUUCUGCCCAAUUACUGGUGAAAGAGUAUUGAGUCCCGAAGCAGUUCGAAAUACACUGAGUUUGAUGCAUUCCUGUGGCAUGUAUGAUUUCUCAGGGCAGUUUGCUUUCCAUGUUGGUCUUCCUGCAAAAUCUGGAGUUGCUGGGGGCAUUCUUUUAGUUGUCCCCAAUGUCAUGGGCAUGAUGUGCUGGUCCCCUCCUCUUGACAAGAUGGGCAACAGUGUUAAGGGAAUUCAUUUCUGUCAUGAUCUUGUUUCUUUGUGCAAUUUCCAUAAUUAUGACAAUUUGAGGCACUUUGCAAAAAAACUUGAUCCUCGAAGAGAAGGUGGUGAUCAAAGGGUAAAGUCAGUGAUAAACCUUUUGUUUGCGGCUUACACCGGAGACGUGUCUGCACUCCGAAGGUUUGCUCUGUCAGCCAUGGACAUGGAGCAGCGAGACUAUGACUCGAGAACAGCACUCCACGUAGCUGCGGCCGAGGGUCACGUUGAAGUUGUAAAAUUUUUGCUGGAAGCCUGCAAAGUAAAUCCUUUCCCCAAGGAUAGGUGGAAUAACACCCCCAUGGACGAAGCACUGCACUUUGGACACCAUGACGUAUUUAAAAUCCUCCAGGAAUACCAAGUCCAGUACACACCUCAAGGAGAUUCUGACGAGGGAAAGGAAAACCAAACCGUCCAUAAGAAUCUUGAUGGAUUGUUAUAACGGUCUCAAGCACUGACCUGUUUCAUUUGGGAAAUGAGUAUGAAGAAUGAGCGGGUGCAUUUCUACCUGGCAGUGAUGUAUAUUUUACGGCAUUUGUCAUUUCAGUGUUAUCGGUGUUUUCUCCAUUGUACGCACAGGACAAAUUUGAUCUCAUUGGGAAAAAAUAGAAAUAAAACAAUCUCCCUCCAUAAUGUGAGCAAUAUUUACCUCGUGCAUUGUACAGUUUGAUGUAAGAGAAAUAGUUACCGAUGCUA